GCUUCCGGGGAGGCCGGAUCCCGGUGCAGCGGGUGACCCCUGGCCGCGGGCCGAUGGGGCCCGACUCCCGGGCGCGGCCUGGCCGGGCCAUGCGGGGGAAGCUGCUGCCGCUGGCCGGCCUCUACCUGGUGCAGGGCCUGCCCUACGGGCUCCAGUCUGGCCUGCUGCCCAUUCUGCUGCGAGCCCGCGGCCUCUCCCUGACGCGCGUGGGGCUGGCCAAGGUGCUAUAUGCGCCAUGGCUGUUCAAGCUCGUAUGGGCCCCGCUGGUUGACAGGAGGGGCACCCCGCGAGCCUGGCUGGUGCUCAGCACGGCUGCCCUGGGCCUGGUGUGCGGGUUGCUGGCCACGCUGGCUCCCACCAGCCAGGCCACAAUGCCCACUCCCACGCUGGGCUUGCUGCUGCUGCUGAACCUGGCCGCAGCCGUGCAGGACGUGGCCCUGGACGCACUGGCUGUGCAGCUCCUGGAGCCCGCAGAGCUGGGACCUGGCAACACGGUGCAGGUGGUCGCCUACAAGGUGGGAGCGGCCCUGGCCGGGGGAGGGCUGCUUACCCUCUUGCCCAUUCUGUCCUGGCCGCUGCUCUUUCUGCUCCUGGCCACCACCUAUUGGCUGGCCACUGCUUUGGCCUGGGCUGCCCCUGCCCUCUGUCAGCUGCCCACGCCACAGCUCACGGAACCCCCAGGCCCCAAGAAGCCCCUUCAUCUCCUGCAGGACUUACUGGCUGUGCCAGGGACCCUGUGGACAGCAGGCUUUGUGGCCACCUACAAGCUGGGUGAGCAGGGUGCCAGCAGCCUGUUCCCCCUGCUCUUGCUGGAUCUUGGCACCCCUGCCCCUGAGCUGGGGCUGUGGAAUGGUGUGGGUGCGGUGGGCAGCUCCAUCAUUGGCUCUGCCCUGGCUGGGGCACUGCUGGCCAAGCACUGGCAGCCGUUGCCCCUGCUGAAGUUGGUAUUGAAGUUCCGCCUCGGAGGCCUGGUCUGCCAGACCCUCCUGCUCUUCCACCUGGAUGCAGCAGACAGCGGUCCUAGCCCUGGCCCCACUGCCAUGCUACGAGGAGCCGCUCUGCUGAGUCUGUGCCUGCAGCACUUCCUGGGGGGCCUGGUCACCACAGCCACCUUCACUGUGAUGAUGCGCUGCAGUCAGCUGGCCCCCAGGGCACUGCAGGCCACCCACUAUAGCCUGCUGGCCACACUGGAGCUGCUUGGGAAGCUGCUGUUGGGUGCCCUGUCGGGAGCACUGGCUGACGGCUUGGGCCUGCGCCUCUGCUUCUGUCUGUUGCUGACCCUCUCGGCCCUGCCCCUGCUGGACCUGGGCCUGGCCCCCAGCAUGCUGGCUGGAGCUGCUGGCAGGCAUGGCCAAUAAAGCAAGCAUGCUAUGCGUGCUGUGA